AUGAGAUUCCGAGAAUUAGGCCGGUUGGAGGAAGAUGUGGUUACCACCUUCAGGCGGUGGAUACCACAGAGGAAACGCACUUUGGAAAAACUGGAGGAACUAGCAACCAAAUUACACGAGCAACACAUAAAAGUCAGUAAAUCGACCAUAGCAGGUGCUUCCGCGAGCACCGUAGGAGGAAUCCUAGCGAUAGCGGGCCUGAUCGCCGCGCCCUUCACUUUUGGGGCCGGGCUUGUGGUCUCCCUCGUUGGUGCCGGAAUCGGAGGCGCAGGAGGCCUGGUGAUGUCUGUUUCCAAAGUAAUCGAGAUAACCCUCGCAAAGCUAGGAUUGAAAGAGGUUCAGGGAGCCAUUGACGAGGACAAGGAAGCUUGCACGCAGCUGCAAGAAAAAUUGGAAAACCUUGAGAGGUUCAUCUCCAACCUAAGAGAAAUAGAAAGCAAUGGUUUUGAAUUUCUUCACCAACUAGUCGAAAGGGAGUUUACGACCUCAACUGAGGAGAGAAUCGAUAUCUCCGCCAGGUUUUUCCGUGCGUUUUCGUCCGCGGCUUCGGUAGGGGCUGGAGCUUUCGCUGCUGCUGGUGCCUUCGCGCGAGCUGGGGGUUUGGCGGGAGUGCGCGUGGCCAAUUUAGCUGGAGGAAUUGUCGGCGCCGUGCUUUUACCUCUGGAUGUCUACAUGUUGGUGAAAUCGUCUUUAGAGGUACAUAGAGGCUCGACCACGCAGGCUGUGAAUGACAUCAGAAAGUUAAUAAGCGAAUUGGAAUGCCCAGAGGAAGAAGAUAUGCAGAAGAUGGUUCGGAGAUUCAUCUCCGAGAAGUUAAUUGAGAUCUUUAAUGAUGGGGAUUCAAACGAAGAACAAAGAAACAACGGUGAUGACUACAGAGAAGCCACAACUGAAGCGAUAUAAUAAUCAAAGACGAACGUCAGUAGCGAUUACAAAAGAAUGAAACCUAAGGGAAGAGGAUCUGUGUAAUAAGCUGAACCUACCUACCUAAGAAGGGUAGUAAAAUCAACGAAGGACUGAUCUCAUUUCGUCAGUUAAGUAUUGAAUUAACCAUAGUCUGAUUUCAAAGCAUGUGAUUACAAUAAUUAUAUUCCUAAUGAUUCUUUGAAGAUUGCCUAGGAAGGAUGCAGUGUAUUUAGAAGUAAAAAUACUUGUACCAGUGUUAGUAAUAUUACUGUAGGACUACUAAACGAUAUGAAAGUACUGUGAUCAAGUUACAUGAUUGUAGCAACUUAUUAGAUACUCCAUCGAUGAAUAAAACAGAAUAUAUAGAAAGCUAUUGAAGAGUGAGUGUCUCCGCUAAAUGAAUACACAAAAAGCUGCAUUAAAUCCUCUUGUGUCCGGUAGAAGUGUCUCAUUCGAAAUUGUGGAGGAAAGACAAGAUUUACUCAAACCAUUGCAGCAAACAAACGAUCAAACUCUCACAACUUCAAUAUAAAAAAUUUGAAUUUACUUACAAUUAUACUUUCCUUGCCAUUUAUUUACUAAACAGAAGGUAAUCUUCGUACAUAAAUUAAUCGCAUCGAUGAGAGUGAAUAAUAUUUUCCGUAAGAUCAUUGACUGUUUUUCAAGAAAACAUUGUCGUGACAAUCCUUGCCAAUCUAGCUCCGUUGUUUUUCCAAAAGUGUGCACGCGCUUGUUUUUCUUACGCGCUCUCUGAUCGGUGUCAGAUUGCCAGAGAUAUUUGUAAAGAUAAUGCUCGCGAGUUUGUAUAGAAGCCUUUUAAAUCGCCAUUACCAUUACACAAAUGAAAAUAUUUCAGUGAGGCCUCUCUCUUUAAUUUGCAUUACCUCCUUUUAAACUACCAUUCACUCGCUAAAAGUUCUUCAGUUUAUGGAAGGUCUUGCCAUAACUACUUCCCUUAUUUUAAUCAUGCGGGUUCUUUUGGAAAGAACUUCGUCAAGUUUAAGGGGGAAAAAAAUGUUAUUCAUCAGCUUAGGUCAGUCCGUAUCGGGAAAAAACUGUACCCUCUGUCUUAAGUACACUUUUUCCCAAAACAGACAUCUCGGCUGGCGAAUAACAUAUUUCUGUACGAAGUCACGCGUCAGAUUCGUGCACAUGCGCUUGUUAUGUCUUCAGUUAACAAAUAACAGUUAAAGUUUCAGCGAUUUGAAUCCAUUUUUGUCACGCUGUUAUAGCGAUCUGGAUAUAUCAAUACAAUUGUCCAUCAAAAAAUGAGUUUUCAGGAUAUUGAGCUGUUACAAGUCGGUCGGGACGAAGGACAAAGGUUUGUUCAAGAAUAGGUGUAUGAACGUAGGUCAAGAAUGAUGUGAUAUUUCUCAUGUAAUAUUUCGAGACCAUUACGCUAUAACGAAUUCACAAUGAAACUUGCGGAAAUAGAGUAGUUUCGUGGUUAUUCAAAGAAAAUCUUACGUUUCCCAACAAUCAACAUUGUCUAAAUCCAAUUCUGAAAAAACAGCAACGAAAAAGCGAUGAUCUCUCCAAAAUCGUGUUUUUAGGCGUCAAAACAAAUUUAGCCACACAUAUUUCGAAUACAUUUGUUGGUUGUUUUGCAAUAUUUACCAUCUGACGAUCCCAGAAACCUUUGCGCAAAGAGAGGGAUCGAUUAUCAUUUAAGGAAGUCGUUUGACCCAAAUAUUUUGAGCGUCAUAAGUUCGUUUUCUAGCAUAUAAAGGCGGAAUGCGGGUAGAUUUAUGCAUACCGGUGGUUUAGAGAAUGUUUUACAGAGAAAUCAACCAGAAUUCUAAUAUUUGGAGGAUAUGUCACGCGUGAACACCAAGAGUUUACAGAGGGAAGGGAGUGGGGAUCAGUCAUCGCUAACAGAAUAUAAAGACUGCCGAUAAACUGUUAAUAAGGGGAGGGGAGGGAGAGGAUCAUAAGAGUGUUACAAAGCCUUAUGGGGGAUAAGAUUAAUGUUAUCAAGACACAGUCAAAAUCGCCCAGCUUUUCCCCCGCCCCCCCCUCAGGCGAUUAAUAGCGACCCAUCGCAAAGCAGCCUUAUGCAUCUAGACCGAAUAGAUCAUCAAAAGUUAAAUUUUUUUCUUCAUUGAAUAUUUGACUUGCAGAAUUUUAUUGUCAGAAGAAAGUUAUGCCCAAGUCAUAAUGAGAUUCCGGGAAUUAGGCCGGUUGGAGGAAGAUGUGGUUACCACCUUCAGGCGGUGGAUACCAAAGAGGAAACGCACUUUGGAAAAACUGGAGGAACUAGCAACCAAAUUACACGAGCAACACAUAAAAGUCAGUAAAUCGACCAUAGAAGGUGCUUCCGCGAGCACCGUAGGAGGAAUCCUAGCGAUAGCGGGCCUGAUCGCCGCGCCCUUCACUUUUGGGGCCGGGAUUGUGGUCUCCCUCGUUGGUGCCGGAAUCGGAGGCGCAGGAGGCCUGGUGAUGUCUGUUUCCAAAGUAAUCGAGAUAACCCUCGCAAAGCUAGGAUUGAAAGAGGUUCAGGGAGCCAUUGACGAGGACAAGGAAGCUUGCACGCAGCUGCAAGAAAAAUUGGAAAACCUUGAGAGGUUCAUCUCCAACCUAAGAGAAAUAGAAAGCAAUGGUUUUGAAUUUCUUCACCAACUAGUCGAAAGGGAGUUUACGACCUCAACUGAGGAGAGAAUCGAUAUCUCCGCCAGGUUUUUCCGUGCGUUUUCGUCCGCGGCUUCGGUAGGGGCUGGAGCUUUCGCUGCUGCUGGUGCCUUCGCGUGA